GAAAUCUCACAUCAUGGCUUUUUCGCUGCUUGCAAUCUUGAAGCUCUGCAGGCGCACGACAACAGACUGCAGAGCGUAAUGUAUCCAGCGGAGAAUCAUCUAUCCCUCUUUCCCGACGGCUCAUACGCAUGCAUCGGCAACCCCGGACCCUUGGAGCGGCUGCAGUGAGCUUUUGUCCAAUGGCGACAAGGCUGAGCGAGGCUGCGCAGCGCUGCGCCUCGAUGCGCCCGAGCCUGCUCUUUCCUUAUGUUGUGCCCUCUGGCUAAGUGAAACCUUUUCUUACAUUAUUACUUUCCGCAUUCUCAGCGAUCCGAACGCCACAAGAAAAUAUCGUGCCGUCUUUGUCAUGUUUGACGUAUCGCGGUAUACUGUCGGUUGGGUCUGUGCGAUUCCGACGGAGCGUCUAGCAGCGCGGCGGAUCCUAGACGAGGAGCACGACUAUACUGAGUAUGAGUCACCGCUGAACGACAACAACACCUACAGCUUCGGCAGCAUCGGUCGACACAACGUCGUGAUCGCGGCGCUGCCGUCUGGGGAAUAUGGCAUAAGCAAUGCCACAGGCGUCGCUCGAGACCUGUUGAGGUCGUUCACGAAUGUCAGGAUUGCUUUGAUGGUCGGCAUUGGAGGCGGCGCACCGCUCGUUGGCCCUGGACUAAAGCAGAAACGAGACAUCCGUCUCGGCGAUGUCGUAGUCAGCAAGCGAGGCGCAGGACAGGGUGGAGUCCUUCAGUACGACUUUGGCAAAGUUGUUCAAAACAGAGCCUUCCUGCCUACUGGUCACCUGAACCAGCCGCCAGCGUUCCUCCUUACGGCGCUCGGCGCUCUCGAGGACGAGUACAAGUUUCCAGGAAUCAACAUUGAUAAAGACAUAUCAGUUCUCCUUGCGAAAUAUUCGGAGCAGUCCAAGCAAGGAAGACUUCUCCAGAAGGAAUACCGGCGUCCAGACACAGCGACCGACCGGCUUUACAAAAGCGACUUCAUCCACCCGGAUGACAACCAAGAGUGUUCCAAAACUUGUGACCACAUAGAGAAUGUGGUGGUGCGAGAUGCCCGGGAUGACGAAGAGGACGUUGUUAUACAUCAGGGGCUGAUUGCAUCGGCAAACUCCCUUAUGAAAGACGCACACCUUCGUGAUACGUUCGCGAGAGACUUGAGCAUAUUGUGCUUUGAAAUGGAGGCAGCCGGUCUGAUGAAUCAGUUCCCGUUUCUUGUGAUCCGGGGGAUCUGUGACUACUCGGACACGCACAAGAGUAAGGAAUGGCAGCGAUACGCGGCGUUGACAUCGGCGAUGUAUGCUAGAAGACUUCUGCUGCGAGUCGCACCAAACCGAGUGGAAGCAGAAACGAAGCUUAGUGAGCUCCAGAAAAGUCUUCAACAGGUCAAUGAAAAACUCGAUCGACAGAAUACAAGCGCUUUACAAGCCGGUAUUGAGAACUGGCUUGCGGCUCCGGACCCGUCUACCAACUUCACCAACGCUAUCAAGCUCCGUCACGCAGAUUCAGGGCGCUGGAUACUCUCCUAUAAUCACUACCGGGAAUGGCGGGAAAACAGAUUUCCACUCCUAUGGUUACAUGGCAUCUCAGGUUGUGGCAAGACUGUACUUUCAUCCUCGAUUGUUGAACAUUUAAAAGCCGACCCGGACGAGCAUCGUCCGAUUCUAUACUUCUACUUCGACACCCAAGACGUGCGAAAACAGAAGUUAGAUCACGUGCUCCGAUCGCUCAUCAAACAGCUUUGCUAUGUCCAGAAUACUAAUCGUACAGGUCUAGAGGACUUGUAUAGUUCUUGUCGGAAUGGAUCCGACCAGCCAAGCUUGUCAGCAUUGAAAAAGUGCUUCAAGGACAUGUGUACAGACAAACCUGUCGUGGUGUUGUUAGAUGCCCUAGACGAGUGUCCUGUGAAUGAAAACGCUCGAGAAGAUGUCUUGGCCUGGAUUGAAGAUGUGUGCAAGGAUAUUUCUGCACAGCUACUCGUCACGAGUCGGCACGGACAUGAUAUUGAGACGGCAGUCAAAAAGUCCGCUCGCCACAAUGCAAAGAUCGAAAUUGCAAAAGAUUUGAUCAACAACGACAUUCAAGCUUUUGUUCACUCUCGUGUCUACGAUCCCAACGGCAGCUUGGGCAGAUGGAGGUCUCGACCAAAGGUUCAGCGCCAGAUUGAGAUGAAGCUAAACGAGAAAUCGGGUGGAAUGUAAGCAAACCGUUUCCUACGCAUCUCACAGUUCUGACGAUUAAAGGUUUCGCUGGGUUGUAUGCCAGCUCGAUGAGCUCAAGAAUUGUAUAGAUCCUGCAAGCCUGGAUGCAGCCUUGCAAACCCUUCCUAAAGGUUUAAACGAAACGU